AUGUCCGAAGAUCGAAAACCCCGAAUUCUGAUUAUCGGUGCUGGGUCCAUGGGAAUUCUCACCGGUUAUCACCUUGGUCUCGCGGGAGUCGACGUUACAUUCCUCAUCCGCCCACAUCGCGCCAAGGCGUUGGAUAAUCCUCAGAUACUCUAUUGUUAUGAUGAUAACAAGUUGAAAGAGUAUAAGGGUUAUAGCUACAUUACGAACCCGUUACUAAUAGCUGGAUCGAACUAUGACUAUAUUGUUAUUGCACUCGAUGGUGCCUCUAUGCGGAACGAGGCAGGUGUGGACUUAGUAAAGACCAUAGGCAAUGCCACACGCGGGACGAAUACAAAGAUCGUUCUUGGUGCUAUAUUCUUUGACUUACGCUCUUGGUUCCUUCAGGUCUCGGGGCUAGCGGAAGAACAAGUAACCAACGGGCAUCUCGAUAUUCAUGCCUACUCCACGAAGGCAUUGACUCUACCAGUAGAGCCUCCAGUGGAUCCAAGUCUGAUCGCAAAGGCCGACUUUGCCUACACGGACAAGCUAGAGGAUGGUUUCACCGUCGACGAUAGCUCUCCUGCCGUUGCAAAUGGGUUUGCGAAGAUCUACAAUGCUAACGGUAUUUCAACCUGCGCCGUCAAGCCCGCAUUAGAAUGCGCCGUUGCUAUAAAUCCCCUAUUUCCCGUAUUUGCGGCAUGUGAAUUGAUGGGUUGGCCUAAAUUUCAAGACAUCGAGAGAGAGGAACUAUGGAGUCACGUAGUCGCAUCAGUGAGGGAAAUCCAGGAGCUCAACAUCCAUGGAGAGCUGGGUAAGCAGGCUGCUAGCGCGACGACUGAAGCUGGACUCGCCGCUGCGCUGGUGGGGUGGGAGAAGCUUAUGAUUCCGUUCGACUUACAAGCGUUCAAUCGCUAUCAUCAUGGUGAGAAGUUAAAGUCCCAGGGUCGGGAACAUUUGCAGGCUUGUAUUUCCUAUGGCGCAGCUGAGGGGAAGCCAAUGCCGGCAUUGAAAGACCUGUUACGGCGCGUUCAAGAACACGCAGUGGCCGCGGCAUGA